AUGCCUGUCAAUGCGCUAGCAGGCGUCUCCACCGUGUCCCUGGCGGCAGGAAGCCCGCCCAACAACGCACGUACUUCAACAACAACAGCGACAUAUGACCGCCCGCCGGCCACCACUCCAGCUACGGCGCCGGCGGCGGUGGUCGCGAAGCCGACGUCCGUCAAGAAGCCAUCCAACCCACCGGGGCUUCUUCCCCCGACCGUGCCAGUCUCUCCGCCGCCACCACCUGGCGCACUCGUCGAGCACCUCCAUCGCUCGCUCAAGACGGGCGCGUGCGCCGACGUGCGCAUCUGGGUUCGCAAGUGGGGGGUUGGAUGGCUUGUGCACAAGAUGGUCCUCGUCCAAACCGGCUUCUUCCACUCGUUGUUCUUGGGUGGAUUCUCAGAAAUGGCCCCUGUCCGUCGAAGCCCCAAGGGCAAGGCGCGCGCCACCGAGGGUGGCGAUGACGACUGGACAGGCGAGGACAUUGAGCUCACGUUUGAUGACCCCAACAUCACGCGAGCAGCAUUCGAAAUCUGCUUGUCAAGGCUGUACUCGCCGUACCCGCAGCUUCACUUUCCAGUCUCGCUUCUCCCCACAUGGGCCUACCCUCUCACCCCAUCGUUCCCCACCACCACUGCUGGAUUCCCGACUCUGCAAAAGGCGUACCAGAGCGUGCCCAUCAACACCCACCUGGUGACCCCUCGCCUGCUGUUGUCCCUCCUCGCCACCGCCACCUACCUUGGCCACCAGUAUCUCCUGCAGGAGGUGCUGGCCAUUGUCCUCCGCACAGUCGGCCCGACGACCGUCACGCGGUACAUUGGAUUCGCCAUCGGCAACGGCAUCGGCGAGGAAGAAUGGGACUCGCAGGACGACGAGGGCGCCCGUGGCAUGGAAAAAGUGGCGCGGACCAUCCACUCGGGCUUUGCCUCACACACCGACUCGGACGAGUGGGUCAGCGACUGUGACAGCGAGCUGCCAGAUAUCCCCGCUCCCUCGCCCACACCACGCCUGUCGACCGACUCGGCCGCCUCAGACUAUGUUGUCAAGGUCGGUGGCGAGUCGGUGGCCAUCGCGCCCAACUACGAGAGCAUCUCGCGGUCCGUCUCGGUCAAGUCGAGUUCUACCGUCCGGCCCAACGACACGCACUCGCUGAGCGUCGUCGAUGAGUCGGAUGCGAGCAUCUUGCCCGCCGUGCCGCACUUUUACGGCUUUGUUGGCAACAAGAUUGGCGAGGCGUGUGUCUGCUGGCUUUCACGCUACGGCCUGGACGUGUUCAACGUUGAAGCUGCAGUCCCGCAGGCGCUUCCCGGUCACCGCGACCUGCCCCCCGUAUGGGGCCAAGGCGGCAUUCCAGCCAACCUUGCCGCUGCGGUGCUCUCGAGCGAUGCGCUGUUUGUCCCCAACGAGAUUGAGAGGUACCGAAUGGCUCGCCGUGUCCUCGACUUUCGGCGUGCGGGCUGGACCUCGCUCAUGGAGGAAGAUGGCCGUGACCCGUCGAGCUCGGUCGUCACCCAGGACGACAUUGACGGCUGGGACGAAGACGAGCGCGAGCUGUCCAAGGUCUUUGCCGACGGCAUCUACUAUACGCCCAUGACGUUUGACGACCUGUCGGCCAUUUCCAGCGACAUUGACCCCCACACAACACUCCCCUACGCCCCGCUCACCGUGCUGCAGGCCGCCCACUGGUCGACUGCCGACCUCAAGAACCGCAUCACCCAUGAGCGCGUCACUCCCUCGGCACCUGCUCGAGAGCUCGGCCUCACGCAGUCCAGUGCCGAGAUUAGCGCAAUGUAUGCACGUCGCCGUGCCGGGCGCUCCCGCAUGGCGUCGCCAGGCAGCUUUGACACCCAGUCGUCCGUGUCCUUUUCCUCGCUCUCCCUCUCGUCCAUGGGGUACCAGCACCCAGGCAUCGGCGACGGACUGUACCACCCCGUCCAUUCCGACGACACGCACCACAUUGGCGCGAGGAACAUGCUCUUUGUCGACCCUUCGUCUACCUCAUCCACUGUGCCAGAGAUUCUGGGCAUGCCCGACAUGGGUCCCGAGUGGGGCAACGGCGACAAGGCCGCGGUCAUGGGUAAAACCCGCACCCAGCCGCAGGGCGAGAAGACGCUCUUUGGCAUCAAGAGCGGCGCCCGACGCGGAAUCGAGAUUGACGCAAAGUUCCGCGAGGAAGGGGGAAACACACACAUUGCGCUCCCUGGUCUUGGCAAGGUCAAAGAGGAAAAGUGGAGCAAGGUCGAGCCGUACCGGUUCUCGUGCGAGUUCUGGGGCGUCGACCAGCUUCCCGAAAGGGACAGGCUGUGGUCUGCCACCCACUUUUACGCCGGCAGCUACUACCAAGUGUACAUUUCCACCAUUCGCAAAAAGCCCAAAAACCAGCUGGGUAUCUACCUUAGUCGCCAAGACCCCAAACUGCCCUUUCCGCCUGUGCGACUCCAUCCUUGGGCGCACGGCGACGAAUCGCCCACUGUCCGCGCCACCCGCUCAGGCUCGGUCCCCUUUGAGCCCGUCACGCGCUCGUCUUCCAUCCCCACCUCGCCGCCCGUGGGCGAGACCCUCUCGCGCACCUUCUCCGCCUCGCCGCCCGUCGUGGGCUCUCCGGGCCCGCACAUCGAGGGCCUGCCCGACAUCGACGGCGGCGGCGAGAAGAAACUGCCCCACGAAGGAGGCAGCAGUUACCUCGACCCGCGCGAGGUCUCGCGCGUCUACUUCUCCAUCACAUGCACGUCUGCGCUCGGCACCGCGCUCAUCUGCUUUGGCUCCGGUCCCGACGACUUUGCCCCGGCCCAGUCGUGGGGCUGGAAGUCGGCGGCCUUGCGCACCGAGGAAUUCAUCCCCAUCCCGCAAGACGACGCCGACGCCAUCCUCGGCUGGGUCGGCGAGGCCGGCGACGGCCCCGAGUCGGGCAGCUUGCGGUGUACCGUCGUCGUCGGUAUCGUCUAG